GCGUUGGAUAAAGAGACCCUACUGCCAAGGAAUGGGUAUAAAUACAGGUGAAGCAUAGGCAUAGUCUCCACGUUCUAGUCUGCUGUACUCGGAAUAUUUGGAUUCCUUUAAAGUGUUUGAAAAAAGUUUUGUUACGAAAGGAGGAAAUGAAUAAGCUAGGAUUUUUUUUUUCUUUUAUUCUCUUGAUAAUCCAGUUGUAUUCUGUCGUUAUUUCCAAGACCGAUGACGCACAAUUUAAACUACGUAUAAAUGAAAGAGGAACUAGUUUUACUGAGAAGAUCAGUGUCAGUGAAAACGAGAAUACUGUUUCAUUCACGGUGCCAAAGCACAACAACGUCAAUCGUUCUGAAGUGCUGAACGACUUUAAUCUGGGCUUAACAAUUACCCGUGUACCUGAUGUGGGAAUAUGUCACAUUAAACCAUUGGAGAACAUCUUGCCAAAUCCCGUGAAAUUAAAAGAUGACAUGAAUUAUGUGAACAGAUUGGAAGGAAAAACGGAACGAAAACCUAGUGUUAGAGUGAGCUCAACUGAAUGGACCAUUGAUGAAAAAUUGGACCCAAGAGAUUUGGAGCCAGCAGUGGCUAAAUUUUGCCGUGAUUUGCCUGUUUACAGUCUAAAAGAAGCUAGCAAAAAUGGAAAUGAUACCCAUAUCAAAAGACAUCGUAGAUUUUUUAAUAUUUGCCCUGAGGCGAUCGCAAACGGUAAUUCUGUGAAAAUAAAAUGUUCUACAGAUGACUGGAUGUUGAAUUGCAAGUUUGUAUUAUCUGGAACAUGCGUCUGGUGGGUAAAUUGUACUGUGCCGAUAAAAAAAGUCAACAAUGAUUGGAACAAUUGUGACUUUUCUCACGAUUGGACUUCAAUUAUGUGUUGUGUUCCUUGGUGCAAAAUUUAGGUAGAAUAUAGCCGCGGCACAAAUCCAAGGAUGACGAUUUAGCAUUAACUAUAUAGCUCUAAUAUAUGUACACAAUAAGAAGUAGCCAGAUUGCCAUUUACAGGCAUAGUUAAUCCAUGCUUAAUUGACAAUUUUAUUAAAAUUCAGUUGAUGUUAACACUCCUUACGGAUUAUCUGGGACUAGCCGCAAAACGGAGAGGAUAACAUA